AUGCCUUUAAUUGAGACAUUACGGACGAUUCAUGAAUAUACUAGAGACCGGCAGAAUGACUACCAUGCCAACAACACGAAGUUGGUGGUGCGCCUCGCAGAUGUUGUCUCGAGAACUUGGGAUCUAGGUUUUACCGCUUUGGGGGGCCCUCUUGUACAUUUUGGUAUCCUCCAUCAGCGAUUUGUUGAUAGACAGGGUGGGCGAACGCCUUGGAUUGAUGAGCAGACGGCAUGCCUUCCCCUUCUCGGUCCGGCCAGCACAAAAAUGCUAUUCUGCAUGACCAUGAUUCAUGCUGGAUGGAUUCCUGCGAUUUUGGUAUUCCUGCUAUGGAGUCUACGUGGAGUUAUUGGGAUGUAUGGCCUCUCACUGGGAGUCCAGAAGAUCUCUAAUCUCCUCCCGGGUGUGGUCUAUGCCCUUUUGUCUGGUCUCAAUGCUGCAACCGUCGGGCUUGUUGCUCCCGCAGCAGUAGAACUUGCAGAGAAAGCGAUCAAAGACAGACUGUCGAGAAUUCUUGGAAUGCUUGGGGAUUGCGCUGGAAUGUGUUAUAACGCAGUAUGGUACUUUCCGGGUCUCAUAGUCCUUGGCGGUAUUGUCGCAGCAAGCUGGGACGUCCACCUUCGACAGCAAGUCCUCCAAUUAAGACGAAGGAUCCAACGGCACAGGGUCCCCUCGACCGAGGCAGCCGGGAUCCCGACAAUCAGGAUAUUCCUGUACAAUCGGCAGGUCGCCAUAACGUCAAUGAUUGAAACAAGUCAAUCCGAAGCCUCGAUACACGAGGGCCCUUUUGCUGCUGACGGAUCACCAUCCGCUUCCACGGACAUGCGUUCUCAUGGAAUUCCUGUGUGGGGUGGGAUGGCUAUUAUUGCAGCGUUCUUUGUCUCCUUGAUUAUCGUCAUCGUAACCCGCGCCAUGUUGGACACCCCACCUUUGGAGUACAAUUUGUUCGCUAACAUGUACCUGGCCGGCACAAUUAUCUUUGGCGGUGGUCCGGUGGUAAUACCAUUGCUCCACGAAUAUGUGGUACAGCCAGGGUGGGUGUCUUCGAGGGACUUUCUGGUUGGUCUUGCUAUAAUCCAGGCUUCCCCAGGACCAAACUUCAAUUUCAGCGUAUAUCUGGGGGCCCUUGUAGUUCUAAGGACCAACCAACCUACCAUCACCGGUGCAUUUAUAAGUUACAUUGGUAUUUUCUUUCCAGGCUUGAAGCUUGCCGUGGGCGCUCAGGGCAUUUGGAGAGUUCUUCGAACCCGGCCUCUCGUUGUUAGCCUGCUCCGGGGGAUCAAUGCCACCGCAGUCGGAUUGGUGUUUACAGCAGUAUAUCGGCUGUAG